CGCCACAUGUCAACCUUGUUUUUCAUCAACGUUCGUCAAUUCGUAAUAAUAACUGGUUGCAAGCGAAGAUGAAGAAAUUUGAGUGAAAUAAAAUGCGGCGACAAAAUUAAACAUCAUCCUUGCUUAGCUUAGCUUGGAGUGAAACUAUUCAGUUACGGAGAAUGGAACAGACCAGUAAAAGAUCAAAUAAACAUUCGAAAAGAAAUAAACGAAAAAAGUGGCUGAACCUAGGUCCGUGGAAGCGCUCGAAGGUGACUCGAUUGAUUUAUCUUCUACAUAUAGUCCUUGUUAUUUUCAUCUCAAUGAUCAUUUUAACGCCACAAAUUAUUGGAUUUUUACAAAGGAUAUUUUGCCACGGAUUUGAUCACCGUUUUUGCGAUGUAUUUGUCGGAUAUGACGCCGUUUAUAGACUAGGUUUUGCCUUAGCGAUAUGGUUUAUCAUUCUAGCGUUUGCUACGCUCGGCAUUACAUCAAGUACUGAGGGGAGAGCGAGGGUUCAAAAUCGCUGUUGGUCUCUCAAGACGGUCACGUUAAUUUGUCUGACGCUCUUAUUUGUGCUUAUACCGCAUACCGAGUACAACGGCGAGAUUUGGCUAUUCUUUGGACUUAACGCCGCGUUUUGCUUCAUAAUACUUCAAUAUGCCUUCAUAUUAGAUGCGGCAAAUUCAUUUUGCAUACUUUUUGACGUCAUCGUCCAAAAUAGACAAGGUUAUUUUUCUUAUCUGGCCAUCACGAUGUUUCGUAUCGCUAAGGGUUUUACUACGGUGUUUCUAUACAGCGUAUCGUUGAUAUCCUCAGCAGGAUUUUACUUCAUGUAUGCCUCGUAUUACGAAUGCGUGGAUAACUUCGUCUUUCUGACAUUUCAUUUGCUAAUGUGUCUAGCAUCGUCUGUAAUAUCUCUGCUUCCCAUAGUUCGUGAGGCGAGUCCUCAGAUAGGAUUGUUUCAAUGUGCCGUGACAUCGCUAUAUUGUACGUACAUCGUCUGGCUGUCAUUCUCAAGCGAGCCUCAGCAUAAAUGCAACCCAUCAAAUUUGUAUAAUUUCCCUGGCUCUCCCAUGUCCAACACUCAAGUCUGGUCAACACUCUUCAUAACAUUUAGCACACUCUUUUAUAUCAGUGUCCGAGACCUGGUUACGCCACAGUUUGGUAAAGUUGAGAAGUCGGAUAGUUCGUUAAACCGUUCUGAAAACACAGUGAACAUUGAAGAGGUUUGCAAUCUUAACGAAGAUGUUGGCAACAAAGGUUCGUCUCGACCAGAAAAAUGUCAUUCAGACAAUUGCGAUGCCUUGAAGAAGAGGUAUGAUCUUGAAGGAGAUGAAACUAGUUUCACAACGGGAAUAAACGAUUCACUUUCCCCAGUUAAUGAUCCUGUGCCGGGAGACGCCGUUUCCUUAAGACCGUCUUCUUUGGACAGAUCGUCUGACUCGGUUGAAUCAGAAAAUAAUUCUCUUGCUUGGGAUAACACGCUUUUUCUACCUUUUUCAACAAACCAGACUUCUGCCGCUUCAAAUACUCUAACAAACCAUUCCAAAGUGUCUUCUAUGAAGAUGAAAGGUAAGAGUACCGUGACAGAAACGAAGGAAUCAUUAGCACCCACUACAUCGAAAAACGAAGCCUCUUCCAGUACUGCUGAACAGACUAGGGGUAAUAUCACAGAUGCUACAUCAAGAACUAAAGCAAAUUCCCCAGGAUCAGUGGAACACGAGGGUGAUGAAAUGCCAACAAAAGUUGAUUCAUUGACCUGGGAUGAUGAAAUUGAUGGGAUUGAAUAUAGUUAUCCAUUUUUUCACCUGACAUUUUCCCUGGCAACACUUUAUCUUAUUAUGUCAGUCACAAACUGGUACAGACUGGAUGAAGGAGAGCAUUUUACUGUGAGACUUGUGCAAAGUUGGAGCACGGUAUGGCUGAGGAUAUCUGCGAGUAUAUUUUGCUCUUUUAUUUUAAUCUGGUCAAUGGUUAUACCGCUAGUGUUUCCAGACUCUUACAAAGACUUGCUGUUCUUCCAGUACUUGACAAGUCUACCGAGAUGAUAGACGUAUUAAGCUUCUGGUUGUUUAUACUAUCAACAACUUGAUGUUCAAUAAAUAUAUUAUGUACCUGGCGAUCGGAAAUGGGGAAAUGACCGUUACUAGUUGUCAAAUCCAUUUCUUGGUUAUCACGAAACAUUCACUAAUUCCAAUAAGAAUAGCGAAAGUCAAAAGAUUUAAUCAAAUUUGAGAUGUUUGUAAUUAAUUGCGUUUUUCUUACAAAAAUGACAAUCGACCUCUGUGGCUGCUUCUAUUGCAACUAUAAUUAAAAUACGACUCACAAUCAACAGUGAUAUUACAUUUAAGCCUGGUUUACGCUUGUCCUAAGAAUUAGGAGUUCAUUUGCCCUCACUUCUGGUGUCAGCAAAAUCCUUUGUCUAUCGGGAAAUAAUACAAUAGAUCUCUUAAGAGCUAGCAUAAACCAGGCCUAAAUUUCACGGUGAAAUUAGCUUACUACAUUAUUACGAUCACUGCACUAAUAACAUCAAUAUGAAAAUUGAGUUUUUUCUGUAAUUUUUAUUACAUAUAUUUAACAAGCUGAUAUAAAGUCAGUAUCUCAU